CUGCGCUGCUGGGCUGCCCGGCUCAGCGAUGGCGAGGCCCGGACACGCCAGGAGCCGUCCGUCAUUGGAGAAAGAUGAGGAUGAGGAGGCCGAGGACCCGCUGGACGCCAUGAUCUCGCGGACGGGCUGCGCGGCGCAGCACCGGGAGCUGCAGGAGUGCAUGGCGGCGCGGCAGGACUGGCGGCACUGCCAGCCACAGGUCCGGGCGUUCGGCGAGUGCAUGGCCCGGCGGCAGCGUGCCGAGGAGCCGCGCCGGGCACCCGGCUCGCGCCAAGCCCACCCCUCGCCUGCCGGGGACUGAAAUCACCGGGGACCCCCGCUCCCGGCACCGCCAGCCAGCCCACACUCAGCACCCCAGGAAUGCACCGUUUGAUCCUUUUUUGGCGUUAUUUUUUUAUUCAAGCGGGUGGAUGUGCCGGGUAAAUCCUUGCUACAUUGUUGGAAAAUUAAAUCCGGUGGCGUUUGUCGUC